CCCUCUCAAAUUUUAUUUUUUUUUGUGGCGGCGGAAAAAACACAUUCCCCAAAUUUCCCCACUCAAAAAACCCCCUCCAAAAUCUUUAGACAAGAUCCAUCACCAUGGCUGCCGUUGCCCCUCCUGCAGAUCAAGCUGCUGAUUUGCUCAAGAAUCUUUCAUUGGAUUCUCAAACCAAGACUUUGGAAAUUCCUGAACCCACUAAGAAGACUUCAGUGGAGACCGGAAAUGGUAAGGUCCAACCUAACAAUAAGACUGCAACUACCGAUUAUAUGGACUCAUCAUUGGCCUAUUAUCCGAAUUAUUAUUACGGAUAUGAUGGGGUGACGACUGAUUUUUAUGACUACUCCAGAUAUAUGAAUUCUGAGAAUCUUGAUUUGGCUCAUGGUGUUUAUGGGUAUGGUUAUCCCUCGUAUGGGCCUUAUUCUCCUGCUACUUCACCUGUGCCAACUGUUGGUCAGGAUGGCCAGUUUUUUGGACAACAGUACCAGUAUCCUAGUCAUUAUUUCCAACAAUUGAAUUCUGCUGGUGCUCCCUACCCAGCUACUACCGCCCCUGUUAAAGGGGAGGCUGCUGCACCUCCAGUUGCUGACAAACAGUCUACAACGGUCGACGCAGUUAAAGUAAAUUCUAAUGGUGUUGCUUCGAAGGGAAACACUGGUUCUGCCCCUGUGAAAACAACACCAUAUCAAAAUGCAGGCUACAAUGCAAACGGCACAUAUGGGAAGGGUGCACAAAAUGGUUAUCAAGAUUUGAGAUACAGCUCUACUGGGGUCUAUUCCCCCUACUCUUGGUUGGAUGUCUCAAUGUAUUCUGACCCGCAAAGUAGAACAAAUGGAAACAACUCAUAUACGAACGGGGUUGCAUCAAAAAAUCAGAAUCUUCCUUCGCAUCUCAUGGGCCCGAGGCCAAUUUCUGGUAUGAACACGACAACUGGAUUUAUGAACAGAAUGUAUCAGAACAAGUUAUACGGCCAGUAUGGAAAUGCUUAUCGGUCUGGUUAUGGGUAUGGGUCUAAUGCUUAUGAUUUGCAAAGUAAUGGGCGUAGUUGGCUACCCUUUGAUAACAAGUACAAGCCCAGAGGACGUGGGAAUGCUUUCUUUGGUUACAGCGAGAAUGCUGAUGGGCUGAACGAGCUUGGCUGUGGACCCAGAGGCAAGCCCGCCAAGAACCCAAAGCUGUUCACACCCAUUAGCAUAGCUUUAAAGGGGCAGGACUUGAACCAGGCACCUACUGAAAUUGAUGAGGAAGCCAGAGAGGUCAAAGAAGUCAACUUGACUUCUGAAAGAGAGCAAUACAACAAGGCAGAUUUUCCCGACACUUAUGAAAAUGCCAAGUUUUUUAUAAUCAAGUCUUACAGUGAGGAUGAUGUUCAUAAAAGUAUCAAGUAUAAUGUUUGGGCCAGUACACAAAAUGGAAACAAGAAGCUUGAUGCAGCAUACCAAGAAGCCCAACAGAAGCCUGAAGGCUGCCCUGUUUUUCUUUUCUUUUCAGUUAAUACGAGCGGACAAUUUGUUGGUAUUGCGGAGAUGGUUGGCCCGGUUGAUUUUGAAAAAAGCUUAGAGUACUGGCAACAGGACAAGUGGAUUGGGUGCUUCCCUGUAAAGUGGCAUAUCAUUAAAGAUUUACCAAACAGCUUGCUGAAACACAUUAUAUGUGAAAAUAAUGAGAACAAACCUGUUACCAAUAGCAGGGAUACUCAAGAGGUGAUGUUAGAACAAGGGUUACAGGUGAUAAAAAUAUUCAAAGAGCAUUCCAGCAUGCAAUGCAUUUUAGAUGAUUUUGAGUUUUAUGAGGACCGACAGAAGAAAAUUCAGGAGAAGAAGGCAAAACAACAGCAGUUUCAGAAACAGGUAUGGGAUGGAAAGCCCUCUCUUGAUGAGAAGAACAAAGAGGGCGUUAAGGUAGAGGUUCUUUCACCAAAGACGGUUGAGGGAGUGGCAGAUUUGAUUAAUGAGAUCAAACUUGCGGAUAAUGUGCAAGUUGAUGCUGCCAAUGUUGGAGAUGUGGCCAAGCCAGAAGAGAAGGCCGUGGCAAAUGGGGAUGUUUGAAUCUGCAAUGUGUUUAGGUGGCAGGGAACUUUUGCCACCAUAAGUCAAAUGUGCAAGAAAAGGUUGCAAUUGGGAAAGUAGGGAAUGUAAAUUUGGAGAGGAUUCCCAAGUUCUUUUCUGAUGGGUAGUCUCUUCUAUAGUUUUUAGCUACAAACAGGUUUUUCAGAAUCCGUUAGAUUUUUCGCUAGGUUGGUUAUGUUUUAUUUUCAAUUGUUUUCCAUUUUUGUCUAAUUUUGUUUCUUGUUUUCAUUAUUGUGGGUUUCAUUUUGUGUUUUGUUUUAUUUCUCCCCAUGUAAAUCUAGAUCAAGAAUGCAUAGGGGCUAGAAAAGCAAAGGUGGGAAUGGGAUAUCGUAUGUUAAUUGGCAAAUAUCUGUUUUUGUUUGCUUCA